AUGCCCCCCCUCUCUCUCUAUCUCUCUCUCUCUCUCUGUCUCUCUCUCUCUCUCUCUCUCUCUCUCUCUCUCUCUCUUCCACUGUCAUUGAGGCAUAUUGCCCGCAGAAAAUUGUCCUUUCUUGUUGGCCUGUUAGCCUUCUCAUCACGCACGAUGGCGGCUUUGGAUAUGAGUCAGCCGGUGGUCACUGCCUUCUGCAUUAAAAUGAUCGUGCCAAUGCUGACACGAGGAUCAGGACAACAACUGCUGUCAAAACAUCAUGACAGCAAUGGAUUAUUGUUGUAUAACUGUGGCAUUCAACAGUUGUACGAAUGUCCAUCAAAUAAGAGAAAAAAGACCUUCUUAGACUCUCUCUAUCUCUCUCUAUCUAUCUCUCUCUAUCUCUAUCUCUCUUUCUAUCUAUCUAUCUAUCUAUUUAUAUCUCAUUGGCAGAAUAAUACUUUCUCUACAUUAGAUUAUUCGUCAGGGAUAGAUUAUUCGCUAAGUCCAACUUGA